AUGGCCUUUAAGAAAAAAAAAGCAGCCCCCACGUCCCGGCGCCUGCGCACUAAGCGCGCCGCGCGGCCGCUUUCCCGCGGAAAGGAGCGACGGCCACGCCGCGGGGCGGGGCGCCAGUGGCCGUGCCCUCGCCGGAUGCGAAACGAGACGGCGGUGAGUGCCGCCAUUUUCUUUGCGGGCAAAGACCGGGAGCAGUUAGGGGCCUCAUUCUGUGCCGUUAAGCGGGUGGGGGGCCAUGGCCCGCGGCCUCAGCACUUGGGUGACGUGGAACGAGGGUCCCCGCUUUGGGGGCUGACUUCUAGUGACACGUCGAGGCUUGCCCAGGCGGGGCGAGGGACGCCGCCUGGGCCCCGGAUGUGCACGGUAUUACUGCGAGGGUCCAGGGGACGUCCGGGCUGUGCCCGCGUUUCUCACCGCGGCGCCUCCGCGGGAAGCGCCCUCGGCGUCCACCCGCGCGGAGAGCCGGCCCGGCGGCGGGUGUGGGGAGCGUGGUGCCGGAGGAGGGAGGGACCCGGCCGCCGCCCAGCCUCCACGGUGGGCUCGGGGCGGGAGGGGCGCGGGCGGCGCUGCCCGGAGACGUGGCGGGAGCUCGGCGAGACGGCCCGGAGCUCCCGGCGGGCGGAGCGCGGGAACGCUGCUGCUCGCGGCCUCGGGGGCCGUCGGAUCCCGUCGGCGUCGGCUGCGCUCCGGCAGCCUCGUGGCUGCUUUUCGGGGUUCGGGGAGGCGCUCCCCUCGGGGCCGGGGAGGGAGCUACCCCCGCACCUCCCCUGCGUCCCGGGCGGCCGGUUACGUGGCGGAGCCCGCCCCGCCGGUGAUCCCGGAGCUGGGCGGAGAAGGGCCGGGCGGCGGGAAGGGCAAGGCGUCCGUCGGACGGCGGCGGAGGAGGACGAGGAGCGCCGCGCGGCCGCCUGGACACCAGGGCCCUGGCUGAGUGUUUGUGUUCCAGCUCUCGGGGUGCUCGGCGCCGGGGGCCGUUUGCUGGAAGUUGGAGCUGUCCUCCCGCAGAACCGGCACGGGGAGCGGGAGAGUAGACCCCUUCGUUACGAAGUUUAUGCCUUAAAAUACUUGAAGUCUGGCUUUUUGAUAUGCUCCCUCGGUAAAUGUAAGAGUUUUCAAAAUGCAAACCUGAAGCAAUGGAACGUUUCUGUUUAAACUUUGUUUGCAACUCCUCGGAUGAGAAGAUUGAAUUUAUAGUUCAAUGCACUAUUGAGAUUUUUUCAAAUGAGGCAAAUAAAUUCUUUCUAUAUUG